AUGAGCGACGAAGUACAAACAAGCAAGCCUGUAGACGAGAUGGAGGUCGACUCAGUCCCGGAAGUGGACGAGGUCGACGUUAACGCUGUCGACGAGGACAAGAUCAAGAUAUUGCCCAAUGCGACCUCGCCGGACGGCACGUCUGCUUCCUUCCAGAUCAGCGAGGAGGACCACACAUUGGGCAACGCCCUCCGUCACAUCAUCAUGAAGAACCCAGAGGUCGAGUUCUGCGGUUAUUCGAUCCCACAUCCCUCGGAAACACUAUUGAAUUUAAGAAUACAGACAUACGGAAACACCACCGCUGUCGAGGCCUUGCAAAAAGGUCUCAAGGACCUGAUGGAUAUGUGCGAUGUGGUCGAGGAGAAGUUCACCCAACGCAUCAAGGAGCUAUAG